GCGUCCAACACUCCAUUGUCUCUCAGCCAACAACAUGGCGGUGGUGAACGUGACCGUUAAGGAGUCGACGAUAGUGAAGCCGGCCGAGGAGACCACCGAGCCGCGGUCGCUGUGGAACGCCAACGUCGACCUUGUGAUUCCCAGUAUCCACACCCCCAGCAUCUACUUUUACCGCCCCAACGGCGCGUCCAACUUCUUCGAUCCGCGCGUGCUCAAACACGCGCUGUCGAAGGUGCUGGUGCCGUUCUACCCCAUGGCGGGGCGUCUGAAGCGCGACGACGACGGUCGUAUCGAGAUCAAUUGUAAUGGCGAGGGCGUGCUGUUUGUCGUCGCCGAGAGUAGCUCCGUCAUCGAUGAUUUUGGCGACUUUGCGCCGACUCUUGAGCUCCGGAAGCUCAUCCCCACCGUUGAUUACUCUGCCGGGAUUUCGUCGUAUCCGCUCCUCGUUUUGCAGGUCACUUACUUCAAAUGUGGUGGAGUGUCGCUUGGUGUUGGCAUGCAACAUCACGUUGCAGAUGGAUUUGCUGGUCUCCACUUCGUGAAUACAUGGUCUGAUAUGGCUAGAGGUCUUGACCUUACAAUUCCACCAUUCAUCGACAGGACAUUGCUUCGUGCCCGAGACCCACCUCAGCCUGAAUUCCAUCACAUUGAAUACCAACCUGCUCCCCCCAUGAAAAAUCCCCAGCAGAGCACAAAACCUGGUGCGGAGGAGACAACUAUUUCCAUCUUUAAAUUGACUCGAGAACAACUCAACACUUUGAAAGCCAAGUCUAAGGAAGAUGGCAACACUGUCAACUAUAGCUCAUAUGAGAUGUUGGCAGGUCAUGUUUGGCGAUGUGUAUGCAAGGCGCGAGACCUUCCUGAUGAUCAAGACACCAAAUUAUAUAUUGCAACUGAUGGCAGGUCCAGACUGCAACCCCCACUCCCACCUGGUUACUUUGGCAAUGUGAUUUUCACAGCCACACCUAUUGCUGUAGCAGGGGAUCUCCAAUCAAAACCAACAUGGUAUGCGGCAAGCAAGAUUCACAAUGCUUUGGUGCGAAUGGACAAUGAUUAUCUUAGAUCUGCUCUUGACUACCUUGAGCUUCAGCCUGAUCUGUCAGCCCUUGUGCGUGGGGCACAUACUUUUAGGUGUCCUAAUCUCGGGAUUACUAGUUGGGUUAGGCUGCCAAUUCAUGAUGCUGAUUUUGGUUGGGGUCGACCUAUUUUCAUGGGACCAGGUGGAAUUGGAUACGAGGGGUUGGCAUUCGUAAUACCAAGUGCAACUAAUGAUGGGAGUUUAUCAGUUGCCAUUUCCCUGCAAUCUGAACAUAUGAAAUCAUUUUCGAAGCUGCUGUACGACAUAUAAUGAACAAAGUGGCUAAGGAUUCUAGUACGGUUUGAACCACCACUGCCGCUCAUCUUCAGGUUGGCCAAACAUUUUCUGAAGUGGUUAUGUUUCUCUCCUGGUGCUUCAGUCCUCGUACUGGGUGCAAAUCAGUAUGAUACUUAUGUGAGUUCACAUUUUGUUGAAACCCGAAGUGGGACAAAUGCUGUACACAUAUUAAUGACUCUGAAAAAAACAUUUGCGCUACUAAUUGAUAUUGGGUUUACAAUAAGUAUCAUUUUGCUAAAGCUAGACAACAGCACUACAGCAGUUGUAGUAUUAGUUGUUACAUGAUUCGUC